CCCGGGGUUGGGGCGGGGGGCAGAGAAGCCCCUGUGUGCCCGGGGCUGCGUUUCCUGCCAGGCGGCUCCGCCCGCUGCGGCGGCGAAUGCGGCUCGGAGCCGGGCCGCGGCGGGAGGGAGGAUGUCCCAGCCCGAGUCCCGAGAGGCAGGGGUGCUGCGCUGACGGCGUCGGGGAACUUGAAAAUGGCCCUUCAGCAAUGCUAGGUCUAUAAUGGGAAGUGUCACAGUUCGAUAUUUCUGCUAUGGAUGCCUUUUUACAUCUGCAGCCUGGACGCUUUUGCUUUUUAUUUAUUUCAACUUCAGUGAAGUGACUCAGCCACUUAAGAAUGUGCCCAUCAAGGGGUCUGGGCCCCACGGACCAUUCCCCAAAAAAUUUUAUCCCCGUUUCACUCGAGGGCCAAGUCUAGAAUCACAGUUCAAAGCGAACAAAAUUGAUGAUAUGAUAGAUAAUCAUGCUGAAGAUCCAGAAAGAGGCAACGUGAAAUUCUCUUCUGAAUUGGGUAUGAUUUUUAAUGAACGUGAUCAGGAGUUGAGAGACUUGGGGUAUCAGAAACAUGCCUUCAAUAUGCUUAUCAGUAACCGCUUGGGCUACCACAGAGACGUGCCAGAUACAAGGAAUGCAGCAUGUAAAGACAAGUCUUACCCGGCGGAUCUGCCAGUUGCUAGCGUUGUUAUUUGUUUCUACAAUGAAGCUUUGUCUGCCUUGCUCCGGACGGUGCACAGUGUCCUGGACCGCACGCCAGCCCAGCUUCUUCAUGAAAUUAUCCUCGUGGACGAUGACAGUGACUUCGAUGAUUUGAAAGGAGAACUAGAUGAAUACAUCCAAAAAUACCUCCCUGGAAAAAUCAAAGUGAUAAGAAAUCCAAAGCGCGAGGGCUUGAUUCGAGGAAGAAUGAUUGGAGCAGCCCAUGCAACAGGAGAAGUCCUGGUGUUCCUGGACAGCCACUGUGAGGUGAACGUGCUGUGGCUGCAGCCCUUGCUGGCCGCCAUCCGGGAGGACCGGCGGGCCGUCGUGUGCCCGGUGAUCGACAUCAUCAGCGCCGACACGCUGGCCUACAGCUCGUCCCCGGUGGUGCGGGGCGGCUUCAACUGGGGGCUGCACUUCAAGUGGGACCUCGUCCCGCUUUCCGAGCUCGGGGGACCGGAGGGAGCAACUGCACCCAUAAAGUCACCUACAAUGGCUGGAGGGUUGUUCGCCAUGAACAGAAACUAUUUCAAUGAACUUGGACAGUAUGACAGUGGCAUGGAUAUCUGGGGAGGAGAAAAUUUAGAAAUAUCAUUUCGGAUCUGGAUGUGUGGGGGUAAGCUGUUCAUCAUCCCUUGCUCUAGAGUUGGACACAUUUUCCGGAAAAGGCGGCCCUAUGGGUCCCCCGAGGGCCAGGACACCAUGACGCACAACUCCCUGCGGCUGGCGCACGUGUGGCUGGAUGAAUACAAGGAGCAGUAUUUUUCCUUAAGACCUGAUCUGAGAACCAGAAAUUAUGGAAACAUCAGUGAGCGUGUUGAAUUAAGGAAGAAGCUGGAUUGUAAAUCAUUUAAAUGGUAUUUGGAUAACAUUUACCCGGAGAUGCAGAUAUCUGGGCCCAAUGUCAAACCCCAGCAACCCAUUUUUAUCAACAGGGGGCCAAAACGCCCCAAAGUCCUUCAGCGCGGAAGGCUCUGUCACCUUCAGACCAACAAGUGUCUGGUGGCCCAGGGCCGCCCGAGUGAGAAGGGAGGCCUCGUAGUGCUGAAGGCGUGUGACUACAGUGACCCAAACCAGGUUUGGAUUUAUAAUGAAGAACAUGAGUUGGUCUUAAAUAAUCUCCUUUGCCUGGAUAUGUCAGAAACUCGCUCAUCUGACCCCCCCCGACUCAUGAAGUGCCAUGGGUCUGGAGGAUCCCAGCAGUGGACCUUUGGGAGGAAUAACCGGCUGUACCAGGUAACAGUGGGCCAGUGCCUCCGAGGAGUCGAUCCGCUGAGUCGCAGAGGCUCUGUUGCCAUGGCCAUCUGUGACGGCUCCCCCUCACAGCAGUGGCGUUUGGAACCUUAAGGUGGAUGCUGUGGCCGGAAUGGUGACUGGCACGCUCCUCCUCACCACGGAGCUGAAGAAGUGUGCUUCCCCAAGAGGCUGAAGUCAUUUCUGGACUGCUGGUCAGGAAUUUCCUCCUUAUGGUAGGAAACCAGAAUGCAGCGUUAACUCGAGAGUCAGGUUUGUGUAGAAGGAUAAAGCCUAGGAGAUCAAUGUGUCUGUUCAGAUUUAUUUAAUCAGGAACUUGUCGUGAUUUCCCUUCUUAGAUUUCAUAGGUGAUGGUUAAUUUUUAAAUUUCUACUACCAUGUUCUGAAUAAUUUUAAAUAUACUGAAUCCACAUUACUUUUAACUUCAGAAGGCAUUCAUUUAUAAGAUAUUUAA